AUGGAAAACCGCUACAAGCAACAGCGGCCAAAGUCGGCCUUUCUCCCCGACCCGGCCGAUGUCGACACUUCUGGUUGGAUUAGGGCGACCUCUGGAUACGCUGGACUGAUUGCUCUGUCGAGAACCAACUCGGAAUCUACUCACGUGUCGGGGAGACGCACACCCGCUAGAAUGCUGCAGCACGUCUCGUCCCGCCCUGCCCUCCAACGCAGGCCGCACACUUCAGGGGAGCACAUCCGCAGCGACAACGCGUCGCCAGAGAUUGAGAUAUGCCCCUCGGUGGCCAUGCUCGACUUUGCCACCUAUGCCGAGUCCAUACGGGGCUCACGCCAGCCGCCGAGGCAGUCGGCUUUGGGCACGGUGGACGCCAACGGCGUCUCGAGGCCUCCCGUCUGCGACUGGGGGGACUGGAUGAACGAGAACAGCGGCAGGACGCACCAGCGCCACAGCUCGCCGGCCCAGCACGGAAAGGCCACGCCCGGGAGCGGCUCCAAGCUCAAGAAGUUUUGGCGCAGGCUGUCGUCCAGCGGCCGAAGCCCAGCUCCCGAGGCUGGCAGCCCCGUCCAGUCCAACAAGCGCAGGGCCACCUCGGCGCACUACCGCGGCACCCCUCACCCGCGCGACCGCAGCAACCAGCGGCAGCCCGCAAACACGGCGCAGCUGCCCAUACGUCCAAGCGACCCGUUUCCAGAAGUCAAGGACCCGACUUUUUACCCGAGCGAGCGCCAGCCGCGGCGUCUGGUCAAGAAGUGCCGCCCUGCAUCCUCGCCGGCACCGGCACCGAGAACGCUCCACAAGCCCCCGCUGCAGGAAGCAGCCGUGGUCACCCGCUGCUACGCAGGACCGUCGGGCGUGCCAUCGUUGCCAUUGGCUCUUCCCUCACACCUGCCGCCACCAUCCAUGGCCGAGCUGCCAGGUUCACACCGGAUGCCAGGGUCGGGGCAUGUUCUGGGAGCAAAGACCUCGACGCCAGCAAGACCGGAGCCGGGGACAAGGAUGGAGCUGCCGGACGACUUUUACCCGCUCGACAAGAUCGGGCGGGAGCUGGCGACGGCGCGGUACAAGCUCAACAUGUGCUGCGACUGCGGAUCGUCUCCGCCUCGCCAGGGCCAGCCGACGUGCGACUGGUGCGGCGAGACGCGGAGGAGGAUGCUGGUGGCGGCGCCGUCGCACACGUCGUCCAUGUCGGUGUUUCGGCCGUCGUCUGUCUAUGGGACCAUGUCGCCGUACGACCACGACGACGACGACAUCACCACCAUACACACGCAGACGGCGUCCGAGGUGGUCGAUGAGAGGAGGGCCAGUCGCGCGCCUGCGCAGCUCAAGCCGCUGGAGCCGGUCAAGACGGGCUAUGAGGAGAUGGGUUAUCCGCAGAAAUACCAGAGCCAGUUUCAGCAGUACAAGCAGCUGUACGAGGACAAGGGCCAAGACAAGCAACCGUACCAGAAACAGGCACCAAAGACACCACCGCCAAAACCACGCAGGCAACAAUACCCGACCCCACGAUACCCGAGCGAAGUGCCACCACAACCAAAGGAACAGUACCCGAACCAGGCGCAACACCAACCUAAUCAGCAGUAUCCGAGCGAGCUGCAAUCAAAGCCUCAGCAGCAGUAUGAGAGCCAACCACCACCUCCAGCACCACUAGCACCGCCGGCAUCACUAGUACCAGCGGCAUCACUUGGACCCCCGGCAUCACUAUUACCACCGGGACCACCGCCGCAACAACAACAACAACAACAUAGACAACAAUACCCGACCCAACUACAAUCACAACCUAAUCAGCAGUUUCAGAGCCAGCUACAACCUCAGCCCACGCAGCAGUACGAGAGCCAGCCACCACCAGCAGUACCAGCAGCUCCACCACCACAACAACAGAGACAGCAGUACUCUGGCCAAGCGCAUUCUCAAAUGAGGCAGCCGUAUCCCAGUCAAAUCCAACUGAAGCAGCAGUACCAGCAAACACAACUCCAAUACGCGCAAGAGUACCAGAACCGUCACGAACAGCAGCUGCAGCAGCAAAUGCAACAGCAACUGGAACAGCGAUUACAACAACAUCUCCAGUCGCAAAAUACAUAUAAUCAGGAGUACCAGGUCACAUAUUGCCCUCAGUGCAGAGGACCCAAGGAAUCGCCCAGGUUGCACCUGUGCGAUCACUGCUACGCUGCGAGUCUACACCAGUGGGCGGCGCAAAGGAGGUGGUGA